UGUGCCAUCAGUCCAACGUGGCAAGAUGGCGGCGCCCAGUUGUUUCGCCGUGUUUCUGUUCGUUCUGAUGCUGGUGCCCUUCUCCCUGCCGGCUAAGAAGAACAAGAUGUCGUACGUCUUAACCGUCGACGACCACAAGGAGUUCAAGAAGAUCCUCAGGACAAGGACCAACGUCUUGUCUCUCUUCGCCAAGUCAGAGAAGGCAGCCAGUCCCAUCAUGGACACCUUUGCUCAGGUGGCAGAAGACAUGAAGGGACUCGGGACUCUGGUCUUUGUGGACUGCAGUGACAAGGAAGCGAAGAAACUAUGCAAGAAGGUGAAGUCCAACCCUACAACUUACGAGCUGAAACAUUACAAGGAUGGUGACUUCAACAAAGGUUAUGACAGACAAGAAACGUACAAGUCGAUGAUGAACUUCCUCCGUGACCCGACAGGUGACAUUCCGUGGGAGGAGGACCCGACAGCGAAGGACGUCAUACACGUGGACAGCGAUAAGGCCUUGAACAGACUUGUGAAAAAAGAAAAGACGCCCAUCCUGAUUAUGUUUUAUGCACCUUGGUGUGGCCACUGUAAAAGGUUGAAGCCAGAUUACGCUGCAGCUGCUACAGAGUUGAAAGGACAAGCAACCCUUGCAGGAAUGGACGUGGACAAACCUGAGAAUGAAGCUGUGAGGAGGCAGUUUAACAUCACAGGAUUCCCAACUAUUCUGUAUUUUGAGAAUGGAAAGCAGAAGUACAAAUAUGGAGGAGAAAACAACAAACAAGGCAUCAUUGACUGGAUGAAGGACCCCCAGCCUCCAGUAGAGAAGGCCCCAGAGCCAGAGUGGAGUGACGCGGACUCUGAUGUUGUACAUCUCACAGACGAGACCUUCGACACCUACAUUGAGGAACACGCCUCCGUACUGGUCAUGUUCUACGCACCUUGGUGUGGCCAUUGCAAGAAGAUGAAACCAGAAUAUGAUGAGGCAGCUACAACUCUCAAGCAGGACAAUAUUGACGGCAUACUAGCAGCUGUGGAUGCAACCAAGUCUCCUCAGGUCGCCAAAAGGUUCGAGGUCAAAGGUUACCCGACAGUCAAGUACUUCAAGGAUGGAGAGGAGGCCUUUGGGUUCAACGACCGGACGGCGGAUAAGAUAGUCGACUUCAUGAAGGAUCCGCAGGAGCCCCCCCCUCCCCCGCCGCCAGAGCAGCCCUGGCAGGACGUGGAGUCAGAGGUCGUUCACCUCGGGGACGAAGACUUCAAGUCUCAACUCAAGAGGAGGAAACAUGCCCUCGUCAUGUUCUACGCUCCGUGGUGUGGUCACUGUAAAAAGGCCAAGCCAGAAUUCACCAGCGCUGCAGAGAAAUACAAGGACGACACCAAGGUGACGUUUGCAGCGGUGGACUGUACCACGCAGCAGGGGGUGUGUGGGCAGUACGAGGUGAGGGGCUACCCAACCAUCAAGUACUUCAACUACGGCAAGAACCCCAAGGACUAUGAGGGAGGGAGAGAGGAAGCAGAUUUUGUAGCCUUCAUGUCUGACCCCCUGAACCCGACGCCCCCCACCCCACCCCCUAAGGACCCUGCGGAGGAGUGGGCAGAGCUGGAGGGGGCGGAGGAGGUGGUCCAUCUCCAUGACAACACGUUUGAGGAGUUUGUACAGCAGCACUCAUCUGUACUGGUCAUGUUCUACGCACCAUGGUGUGGCCACUGCAAAGCUAUGAAGCCAGACUAUGCCUUAGCAGCUAAAGCACUCAAGGAGGAUGAGAUACCCGGAGUUCUUGCUGCUGUCGAUGCCACUGUGGACAGGGUCCUGCAGAGCAAAUAUGACAUCACAGGAUUCCCUACAUUGAAACACUUCAAGGACGGAGAAUUCAACACUGACUACAACAAAGCGAGAACUAUGGACGCCCUUGUAGAAUUUAUGAAAAACCCGCAGAAGGCCCCUCCCCCACCACCACCGGAGCCGGAGUGGUCAGAGGUCGAGAGUGAGGUCAACCACCUGACAGACGAAACUUUCAACAGCUUCAUCCAGGAACACAGCUCUGUACUGGUCAUGUUCUACGCUCCAUGGUGCGGCCACUGUAAGAAGAUGAAGCCAGCCUACCAGGAGGCAGCAGAAUUGUUGAUGGCAGAAAAACCUGAUGCAAAACUUGCCGCUGUUGAUGCUACAAAGUACUCAUCUCUGGGAACAAAGUAUGAAGUCAGGGGAUACCCAACUAUCAAGUACUUCAAAAAUGGAGAGAUGGCCUUCCAAUACCAGAAAGGAAGAACCACUGAGGACAUUGUGGCAUUUAUGAAAGAUCCCAAAGAGACGAAACCGCCUCCUCCAGAGAAAGAAUGGAGUGAGGAGCCAUCUGAUGUUGUGCAUCUCACCGACGCAACGUUUGCUACCUACACACAGGAACACAGCCCUGUACUGGUCAUGUUCUAUGCACCAUGGUGUGGCCACUGUAAGAGGGCCAAGCCAGAGUACACGAAAGCAGCUGAGCUUCUGAAGACAGACGGCAUCUCAGCCACACUGGCUGCUGUAGACUGCACCAAACACUCCGAAGUGUGCCAAACACACGACGUGAAGGGUUAUCCUACCUUCAAGCUGGUCAAGGACGGUGCCCAGGUCUCUGACUACAACCUCGGUAGGACUUCAGAGGACUUCGUUGCCUUCAUGCUCAACAGUCUUCCUAAACAGCCCAAGGAGGAGGCUAAACCUGAAGAACAAAAGAAGGAGGAACCAACUCAGCAACAAAAGGAACCAGAGAAGAAGGUGGAAGAACAGAAGAAAGAGGAGCCAAAGAAGGAAGCUGAGAAACCAGCAGAAGAGCAGAAAGAACGACCAAAGAGAGAAGCACCGACUGAUGAGUGGGCCUCGACCGACUCUGCCGCAGAUGUGAACUUCCUGACUGCUGAAUCCUUUGACCAGUUUGUGGCUGAUCACAACUCUGUCCUGAUCAUGUUCUACGCACCGUGGUGUGGUCACUGUAAGCGGAUGAAACCAGCGUUUGAGGAAGCAGCGACCAUCCUGAAGUCUGAACUUCCCACGGCAAAACUGGCAGCCUUGGACGCUACUCAGUUCAGAGACGUUGGAACCAAGUAUGAAGUCAGGGGAUAUCCUACAAUACUCUACUUCAAAAAUGGGCAGAAGGAGUUUAAGUACACUAUGGGAAGGGCCACUCAGGACCUUGUCAAGUUUAUGAAGAACCCCCAGGCCCCCCCUCCCCCACCCCCUCCUGAAGCCGAGUGGUCAGAAGUUCCGAGUGAGAUCAACCACCUGACAGACCAGACGUUUGACAACUUCGUGUACAGACACAGCUCUGUACUGGUCAUGUUCUACGCUCCAUGGUGUGGCCACUGUAAGAGGAUGAAACCAGCGUACCAGGAGGCAGCAGAGCAACUGAAAAAGGAAAAACCAGAAGCCAAACUGGCAGCUGUGGACGCCACAAAGUACAAGGAGUUAGGACAGAAAUAUGGGGUCCGGGGAUACCCCACUCUCAAAUACUUCAAGAAUGGACAGGUUGCGUCUGACUACAACAAGGGCAGGAGCAAGGAUGAUAUCGUUGCCUUUAUGAAAACGCCACAGACUCCCCCUAAGGCAGAAGAGCCGAAGGAGGAGAAACCUGCAGCUGCUGAAGGUGACGGCUGGGAGAGCGGCGAUGUUCACCACCUCACAGCCGACAACUUCAACUCCUUCAUGCAGCAGCACCACUCUGUACUAGUCAUGUUCUACGCUCCAUGGUGUGGCCACUGUAAGAAGAUGAAGCCAGCGUACGUUGAGGCAGCACAACAGCUUAAAAAAGAAAAACCAGAGGCAAAACUAGCAGCUGUGGACGCUACACAGUACGGAGACCUGGCCAAAAAUUACGAAGUCCGGGGAUAUCCUACACUGAAGUACUUCCAGGAUGGGAAGGAGGCCUUUGCAUACAAGAAAGGAAGGACCACAAAUGAACUGGUAUCUUUCAUGAAGGAUCCCCAGGCCCCCCCUCCUCCACCCCCACCGGAGCCUGAGUGGUCAGAGGUCCAGAGUGAGGUCAACCACCUGACAGACGAAACUUUCAACAGCUUCGUCCAGCAACACAGCUCUGUACUGGUCAUGUUCUACGCUCCAUGGUGUGGCCACUGUAAGAGAAUGAAGCCAGCGUACCAGGAGGCAGCAGCAACGCUGAAGACAUCCGACCCUGCCGCCAAACUUGCAGCAGUCGACGCCACGAAAUACGCAGCUUUGGGGAAAACAUAUGGAGUCAGGGGUUACCCAACUAUCAAGUACUUUAGGAACGGUGAGGACAUACAGAAGUACCAGGGAGCCAGGGACGCCAACAGUCUGGUGCAGUUCAUGAAAAGCCCUCCCACAGCAGCAGCACCAGAGUGGAUAGAACACCCCGGUGCUGUCGUCACUCCCAUCAAAAACAUCCCUGCCUUCGACAAGUUUGUACAGAGCCACGAGCACACCCUGAUCCUUUUCUACAAGAAAGAGCUGCAGAAGUACAAAGAAGCGAAGGGACCUUUCCAGAAAACAGCUACUGCCUUUCAAGAUGACAACAACAAGCAGUUUGCUGUAGUUGACUGUGAAGCAGCUACAGACCUGUGUUUGCGUGUUGGCAUCAUCCCAGAGUCCCUUCCAACCAUCAAAUUCUACGUCAGCGGCAAGUUCUCCACAAACUACAAAGAUCCGGUCACGAACGCAGACCUCUACAACUUCAUGAACACAGCCAGUACCAUACCAAAAACAGACGCCAGGGAAGAGUUAUAACAGUAGCUAACUCCAUAGGUGGGAGAAUAAGCUAGAUCACAGUUUGAAUUGUGCAUGCAUGCGUGCGUGUGUGCGUGUGUGUGUGUAUGUGUGUGAUCAAAAUUGAAGCCUCCUAACUUGUUAACAGUCUUUGUUAAAACAGUUUCAGUUUAGUUUAGUUUAUUCAUAAAAAAAACCAGUCUCGCAGCCUGUACAAAAACAUGCUGAAUAACACUGAUUUUUUACAGCUUCUUGUCUGGCAAAUACAAAUUAACAUUGUAAUACAUACUAUACAAACACACAAACAAAAACAUUACAAAAAGCCUCACAUGGGCACUAAAGUCAAGACCAGAGAGUCCUCAGAGUCUUACUGCGAAGACUUGUUGUACAGGCUUGAAAGCUGUACAAGUUUAUCUUCAUUCAAGUUGCAACAGUAAUUCACAGUGGAGCACCAGGCAGCAAAAGUUCAUCUGUGCUGGUAGAAGUCAUUAUGAAACAAGUUUGAACUGUACUGCAUAUUGAACUGUAUAUUCCAACUCAAGAAAUCGAAAAUUUUUGCCUGUACACCUCUAGUUUUUGUCAAGGAAUGAGCAGUCCAUUGCUUCUGUUUUCUUGUCUAUUCCACACUUUAUAUAAUUAUCCAGAAAUGUUUUGUUUAUUUCUCAGAGGCCUUCAACUUCACAUAUUGCACACAUGUACAGUGCAUCACACUACGCAUGCACAGUCCAAACUGUGAACUAGCUCUUUGUAGGCAGCAAAAUGCUCUUCAGCAAACUCAGAGUGUAACAGUUUUGGGUCGGCAAGUCAUUUGAAGGGAAAAUUCUUUUUAACAAACUUAAGGUUUUUCUCACAAGUUGUUCUUACAACUUGUCAUGAUCAUCUGCCUUUUUUAGAGCGUAAAGACCACAUGACAAGAAACAAUCAGCUACAUGCAGCGUACAAGUUACCAAAUGUUGGCAGGGGAAAAAUAUGCUUGUGUGAAAAUUAAAGAGCUUUACCUUCAAAUGUCUAGGAAUUAACUUGAAUGUGUUAAACAGAUAAUUAUGGAAUGCAGGUUGACUUUUGUUGCACAUGUGAUACAAAGUUGGGCUGUAGUAUUGGGUAGUGUAUAUGUACAUGUAUGUACAACGUAGGUACAGUAACACCAAUAUUUGAAUAGAUAAUAAGAUAAACAUUAUAAAUCUAUUUACAAGGUACCAAAUGGCUGUUAGUUUUUGAGCUUGAUAAUGAAAAUCUUUGAGUUUGAAAAUCGUUGCAAUAUGCUAAGUUGGCUGGGAAAACGGAAAUGAAUCACUGGCAAACUUUGCAGGGCUCAAAAUACUUUCAUCUGCAUACCUGUACCUGGCAAGUUUUCCUGCUCAUAUUCUUUACCUUAUAGUCCAUUAAAAACACUUCAAAAAUGUUUCUGUUGGUACCAUUUUUGAUCUUGUUAUCUUCUGUAUUCAAAGAUGUUGCUGUGAACAAUUCAAAAUAAUUUGGGCCACAACUGGCCAAAUUUCCCCCUAGCUUCGUAUGCUGGUGUGAUUAUGAACCAGUGCAGAUUACAUGUACAUUAAUAUAUACAUAAAAAUUAUGUAGACAAAGAAAAUUUCUGCCUAUAGUUCCAUUCUUACCUGCAUAAGCAGCUAGACAGUAUUUUGAGCCCUGCUUUGUAUUUCAUAUUGGGGCUGUAGCGACUGAUUGUUAAAGGGAAAUUAAUAUGCGCAUUUUAAUGAGGCUCCGUUCUGGUGAGCUCUUUUGUACCAAAUUGUAGGCUAGUCAGCAGCCAUCAGGAAUGGCCGUAUAGACUGGUAAAAAUUAGCCUCGUAACAGGCUCUGCAACUGGGGCCUUUUUUUAAUGAGAUUUUAUAAUGCGCUCUUUUCUUAUGGCAUUAUCACUUCUAUUUCUUGUAACAGAUCAGCAUAGGUCCCGUUCCACUCUUUGUAGAGCAUAGGGGUGGUGCCCAUCUCCAUUUCUGUAGCCCUUGGGCCACACAGUUGAAAGCACUACAACAGUGGGCUAGCCUCGUAAAUUUCAGCACUCAAAGGAAAUUGAAAAAUGCUGGGUUGGCGCAAGUAACCCAAGUAUGAAUAGAAGUGAUACGCCAUAAGAAAAAAAGCGCUUUAUAAGAGACAAAAAAGCCCCAGUUUUAGAGCUUAUUGUAUCCAGAACUGUGCUUAAUAUAUGUAGUCUUGUGUCAGAAUGGGUCAGGAUCAGGCAUGGUUCUGGAUAGUCUCCACAUAUCCAAGAACAUAGAUUUGCCCAGGCAUGAUUCUGGAUAUGCAUGGACUAUCCAAAACCAUACCUAGUUCUGAAUAAAGCACAGUUCUGGAUGCAACAAGCCAGCUAAGAAGGCUAUAGAAAGGUAUGGUCAGAAUAAGCCUUCUCCAAAUCUCCCAUUCUUAGAUUUCUAACCAUUUGUAGGCAAAUCUAUAUAUUUGUAGAUAGAGUGAAUGGGUAUGGCUGGAUGAGAAUCGCAGUGCAGUUAAAAAGAAAGACAGAUUUUUAGGCCGACGUACAUGUAUGAUACUGUAUACAAUGGGGUGUAAGAUAAUUUCGAGGAUGUUAUGUUACUAACAGAGAAAGCAGUAUUUGUUUUCGAAAUUAUGAUAAGAUGUACAAUUAAUUAGGAUGAUAGAGACCAAGAGCACCUUCUUGGUACAAUCAAACUUGUGUUUUGUGGCCAGGUGGUCACUAGUAAAGGUUUACCGUAAUGCUUCCAAUUCUCUCCAAGUAUUCAAUGUACUGGCCACAGGUACAUGUAAUAAGGCUAGUCAUCACAACACAGUCACUAUUGCUUUGGUUUGUAGAACCUAGAUAGGAUAGAAUUACCUUACUGUUGAUUAUAACUAUAAGGAAUUAAUGUUUAGCUAACUGAUUUUGGUGUCAAAAGUGCUUCCUGUUAACUUUCAUGCGCAGUAAAUGUCAAAAUAGACAUUUUUUUCUGAAAUUGCUGGCAAAAAAAUUCUCUUUUUUUAAGUUGCCAACUUCUCAGCUCCUGUGCCAUGUUACUGAAAAGAAAUUGAUGAGCUUCUUGAUCAAAAGUCUUGAGGUUUACUUGUUUUGAUUUUGCAACUUAUUAUUAGUGAGGCUGCAGACAUGUCUCCCAGAAAAGUUGUAAAAAUUGCGUCUAUUUUGCUGAUUUUGCAGCUACCGUUGCACACUGAUUCAAUUCGUUCUUCCUUGUUGAAAAAGAUUUGAAGAAAAAUACUUUUUUUUUUGUUUAUCUAGAUCUUAGAGUCAAUUUAUUCUCUAGCAGGUGGCGUUUAAUUCUUCUGAAUCAUGAUUGUUGAUAAUCUAUGCAUAAAAAUGUGUUAAACCAUAGAUUAUAAUGAUAUGUAGUCUAUCUAGCCUAUUUAUUUUACUGGGCCUCCCAUAUCAACUCUCUCACAAUAUUUGUAAGAGAGCGAAUAUAUAUAGGAGCCUAGGUAAACUGAAUAGGACAGCAACCAGACUAGAUGUAAUAGAUAUGAUAUACUACUAGUGUUUUUGUUAUAUACAAGACAAUUUUGUGAUGAGUUAGUAUGAAAGCAGCUGCCAGCAUUUGUAUUACAUUCUAUACGGUGCAAUGUAAGAUGGUUUACGUUGUAGCUAAGAAUGAAAAUUACACUAUGAUUAUUGUAGUUUUCUGAAUGUAUGACUAA